CCCCAAGGUCACGCAUGCGGGACGGGCAGAUUAGCUGUCGCAUCCACGGGAGGAGGGGCUGCCUCGCUAAGGUAGUAAUGGUUCGGGGACGCAGACGAGGGUGAUGUCUUGCAUAUUGCAUUGGGGUGGCAAGGUGUUCGCGUGUGCAGCAUUGAUUGAUUCCUCCAUCACGCGAUAGUGCUUUGAUUGGGCGCAUCUACACCGCGUGUGAGCGCUGAGUAUAUGUCCCUCCCUCAACAACAGCUCGAUCUCGGUACGCCUGGCCGAUGUUCUCCUUCUGGAAGUUCGGAGGACGCAAGAAAGAUGAGAUCAGGCCUCAUGACGGCCAAUAUUCGCCGUUGUCCGGCCCGCCAGAGGCUUCACAACGGCGAGUAGGACAGAGCGUCGAUGAUGACGAUGACGACGAGGAUGAGGAUGACUUCUCGAGAUACGAGCGCCCCGAGCCCUACGAAGAGGAGCAGGAGAAUGAGGAUGCGGUAGACACGCCGUUGCUGCCCAUCUUCUCUGCAGCGCUUCUGGACAAGCUGCCCUUGUACAAUAUCACGCAUACUAUCCGGCUGCUCAUAGUGCAGCGUUGCGAGACCACGCUGUCAUGGGACCAGUUGCGCAGCCCACAGAUUAGCCAGUUCCUUGUCAAGCCCAUACAGAAUGAGAUACGAGCGAAUCACUUCAACCGAGCAACGCUAUGUGCGCUUAUAGCGAACUGUCUGCAAUUCCAGAAGGAGGGCCAACUGCAUCCCGGCAGCGUAGGUGUCGCGAAGACAAGAGCAUGGCUGAGCGAGCUAUUGGCUAUGCGCUUGGUGAAGGAGUACACGACCCGCGAACUGAUCGAUGCCCUGUCGUAUGACUUCGACCCGUUACAAGGGAGGGUUUCAAGCCAGCCUGCAGGCCGGGAUGAUCAGCGAUUCUCGACGACCAUGCUGCUGGAUUUGCAAUCGCGCAGAAUCCAAGCUAGAGGAGCGAGAGUCAGCACGAUCGAGAUCAGCAUCCGGGCGAGCGCGAAGAAGUUCUUGGCUCAUCCGUUAGUGGUGCAACAUCUUGAAGCCAUCUGGGCUGGGACGGUGGUGUUCCAUGCCGAAGCCGACAGUCUACACCGCAAGCCGGCGGGCAAGCAGCGCGGUGCCGACGCUGCCGGUUACGGCACGAUUGGCGAACAUUCUCCGAGCGCUUUGCCCGCAGACUCUGUCCUGUCGCGAAAAGCUCAAACGUCUCAAAUGGGUAGGAAGCUCGUCGAGCAAGCUACCGGAAGACGUACCGUCACGCUGUAUGAUCCGCAUGAAGCCUCGUUGUUCAAGCUCAGCCGUCUUCGCGUACCCAGAUACCGUCAAGUCUUCAGCACGAUCAGCUUCGCGAUCAUGCUCGGCUUGUUUCUUGCAGUCCUGGUGGAGCGGAGUUUGUACAUCACUCCGCUCGAGGUCGUGUUUUGGGUCUGGUCGGCUGGCUAUAUGCUUGACGAAGUGGUCGGCUUCACCGAACAAGGCUUCGGCUUGUACAUUCUGAGCUUCUGGAACGCCUUCGACCUUGGUAUUCUCGGCCUUUUCGUGGUGUACUACUGUCUGCGACUGUAUGGGAUCGUGCUGGCGGACCGUGGCAAACACCGCAUCGCAAACAUGGCCUACGAUGCCUUGGCCUCAACUGCUAUUCUGCUGUUUCCGCGGCUGUUUAGCGUGCUCGACCACUAUCGGUACUUUUCGCAGUUGCUGAUCGCAUUUCGAAUGAUGGCGCAAGACCUGAUGGCCAUUCUGAUCCUCAUCCUGAUCUCAUGCUCCGGCUUCUUCGUGGCAUUCACGCUCAGCUUCUCGGACGCGCAAACUGACGGGAAUGCCGUGGCUUAUGCGCUGUUCCAGAUUUUGAUGGGUUUCACACCCGCAGCUUGGGAGAAAUGGCCCGGUUAUAACCUGCUCGGCAAGGCUAUCAUGAGCAUCUUCUUAAUCAUCUGUCACUUCUUGAUCGUGACGAUCUUGAUCACGGUCCUCACGAACAGCUUCAUGGCCAUCGUACAGAACGCAAACGAGGAACAUCAGUUUCUUUUCGCCGUUAACACCAUCUCCAUGGUCAAGUCGGACGCGCUGUUCAGCUACAUCGCACCGACUAACGUUCUCGGCUGGGUCCUGACUCCGCUGCGCUAUCUUAUGCCGUUUCGCCAAUACGUCAAGCUCAAUCGUACCAUCAUCAAGUUCACCCAUCUUCCGGUUCUGUUUGUCAUCUUUGCAUAUGAACGGCUUAUACUCUCACGACUCGCAUAUGAGCCGACAGACUUGGUGGAAAAGCCCGCGAUCAGUCAGGCGAAACCGUUGGCUUUCAGUUUCAAUAAGAUGCCUGAGGUCUUCAGCCCUGGCCACAGGCUGCGCGAGCCGUCAGUAGUCAGCUUUCACAAGAACGCUGCGCUCGACGAGGUCUUCAGGCGGCCGUACCGAGGCGACACUAUGCGGACCACGACUCAGGAUAUGGACGAUCAGCGUCGGAACUCCACUACUGCGGUUGACAAGUGGAUGCAGCUCGCUGAGAAUGAAGGUGGCGCGAGUCCGCCUUUGGAGCAGCCUAGGGAUAUUGUGGAGAGGCUUGAGCUUCGAAGACCCAAUAUGAAGCGCGCAAUCACGACGGAUAAGUUUAGGCCGAAGCGCAGUCGAGACCUCUCAAGGAGCAGCAGGAGUGUGGUCAGCGAUCCGGAUCCACCCUCCGCUGCACCGUCGAGAAUACCGCACCGCAUCGAUGAGGAAGCUGAACCGCUCGAAAUCAGUUCCAGUACGCAGCCGCAGGAGACUGAUGCUGAUGGCGAUGACGAGAAUGAUCGACCGACUCCCGCGCUUGGCGAGAGCGCAGUAUCCGUGGUCAACAAGCAGAGCAAUGAGCGUAUGAACGAGGAUGACGACAGCGAUGCCGAGUACUUCCAUACCCCAACAGCCGGGCGGUCACCGUUCAUACGCAUGUCGUCCGCCGCCCAGGCCCGCUUGCAAGACGCACCAGACCUGCUACAGCCGGGCAGUCUGUCCCAGCAAGUGCGCGCAAACGUACUGCGCCAGGCCUACUCCCGCAACCCUUCCAGCGCCACCAUCCUGCAUGCGCCAAUAGCGGACGACAGUUCCGCCACGAAUCCUCCUCGACGGCCGGGGCAUUCGAAGAACAACAGUGGCGGCACAUCCACGCCGAUACCGAUAGCGGCAGGGGCAAGGACACCGAAGAUGAAACCGCUAGCUACACCAAAAGCGCGUCCCAUCAUGCCUCCUCGGCAGAAUACCGCGCCUUUACAGGAAGCCCACGGAAUGUCCUUUAUCGAUACCGCCCGUCGGCCCUACCGCCAACCAUCCUUCAAUGCCCGCGCCCUCGACCUCGCCAGCGAGAUCGGCGACAACAGAUGGGGACCCAUUGGCGGCAUCGACGCGGGCGGAAUCUCCGGCAUGCCCGCCUCGUUCAGCGAGCAGCUGAUGCGGGAGCGUGAUCUGGAGCGGAGACGUGAGGAACAGCGACGGCAGAGCGAGGAGGCGGAGAAGGGGAUGGUGAAUCGGAUCAUGCUCGCGCGCAUGCAUACGCUGGAGGAAGGGUUCCGCGAGGUCCUGAAAGAGAUCAAAGACCUCUCCUCGCAUAACGCGGGCAGUUCGAGGAGGGAUAGCGAGGCGGAUGUUGGUGGAGGAGGUGACGGGCCUAAGACGCCGUUUGGCCGGAUUGGUGGGAAUGAUGGGCGGCCGAGGAAGAGUCCGAGGAAGAUUCAGCGGAGGAGUGGGAAGGGGAAGGAGGCGGAGAGGCCGGGAAGUUCGCUGACGCAGGCGGAGAUGGUGGGGACGAGUCCGGAGAGUGAGCGGAGGAGGGAGAAUGUUGUGACUGGUGCUGGGCUUGAGGUUGAGAGGCCGGGGACGGCUUUGAAGAGGGGUGAUGGUGGGGAGGAGGAUGGAAGGGAGUAA